AAGACAAACCAAACCAUGAUUAAGAGUGAAGUUCUGGAGCAGUUUAUAAACAAAGGGACACCUUGGAAGUGUUGCUGUGAAUUCUGGGGACAGCGCAUCAAGAUGAUGAUCGGAGAAUCGCGCCAUCCAAAUCCGACGGUCCUGGUUCCUCCUUGGCCCCACUUUGACGAUCCUACGGUUGAUAUGUCUUUCCCGUAUCCGGUAAGUGGUGUCUCCGUUAACUCUAACGCCAAUGCUAACGGUCUUCAGGGCGGUGAACACUCCCCAUUUCUUCUUGGGGAGGCGUUGACAGCGCUGCAACGUUAUCUCCCGUCCAAUGACGUUGAUGUGGAUUCGGACUCCGAUAUUUCCGGUCGUGAGGCCGACAUUCCGGUGGACGCAUACUCGUGCGAUCAUUUUCGGAUGUUUGAGUUCAAGGUGAGGAGGUGCGCACGUGGGCGGUCGCAUGACUGGACUGAGUGUCCGUACGCUCAUCCAGGCGAGAAGGCUCGCCGCAGGGAUCCUAGGAAGUUUCAUUAUUCCGGCACGGCGUGUCCUGACUUCAGGAAGGGGAACUGCAAGAAGGGUGACUCGUGUGAGUUCGCGCAUGGCGUAUUUGAGUGUUGGCUCCACCCGGCUCGCUAUCGCACCCAGCCAUGUAAGGACGGGCCCAACUGUCGCCGGCGGGUUUGCUUCUUUGCUCACACGGCUGAGCAGCUGAGGGUUUUGCCUCAGCAGAGUCCGAGGACGCCUGGGUCGGUGGAGUCCUAUGACGGGUCGCCGCUUAGGCAAGCGCUGGAAGCUUCCUGUGCAAAAACUCUGCCUUUUAUGUCUUCUCCAGGGUCGGUUUCCCCGCCGGGAUCGCCGCCGCCGGAGUCUCCGCCGAUGUCUCCCAUUACAUCGAGUAUGAGCCGUUCACUGGGCUCGAACUCCAUCAACGAAAUGGUUGCGUCUCUACGACAACUCCAACUCAGCAAGGUGAAGUCAGCACCAUCCUCAUGGUGCGUUCAUAUGGGUUCUCCAGGUGGGUUCGGGUCUCCCAGGGCCUCCAUAAUCCGACCGGGCUUCUGCAGCUUGCCGUCGACCCCAACCAGAGCCCCGAAACGGCACGGCCUCGGGUUCGUGGACCUCUUCGAAGAAGAGCCAGCCAUGGAGAGGGUGGAGUCAGGGAGAGACUUGCGAGCCAAGAUGUUCGAAAAGUUGAGCAAGGAAAACUCUUUGGAUCGACCCGAUCCUUCAGCCUCAGGUGCUGGUCCAGAUGUUGGGUGGGUGUCAGAGCUGGUAAAGUGAACUCUCUGAAGGUGAUGGAUGGAAGGUGGUGGGUGGUGGUGAUUGUUGUUUUGAUUUGUUGAAUCCAUCAUGGGUUCAUCAGGUGGGUCUUAUGUUGGAUUUCCUCGACUGUGAAAAUUAUUAUAUCAAGAAGCCAAGCCAAGCCAAAGAGGAAAGAUUCUGUACAUAAAUGUUAUUAGGAGGCGAUGGGUGAAGAGAAGAAUCUCUUUUUUGAGGGGGGGGGGGGAAGAUUCGUCUGAGAAGCUCAGAAGGCAUUAGGGCUUGUCAUGAUACUAUAUAUAUAUAUAUAUAAUCUGCAGACUCCAUAUAUGUAUAUGCAUAUAUAGUGAUGAUCUAAGGCUUUUGGGGGAGAGCUCUGCUGCUGAAAAAUCGCCCAGCAGUCGGUGGAUCAUCCCCUCGCGUUUUUUGCUUGAUUUUUGUGUCUACUUCGAUUGUCAUCAUCCCAUUUUACUGAUCUUAUUGUAAAUAUUUCCAUGCAAUUAUCAAUGUAAUGCAUAAAUUUCAUCAAACUGCCACCACCCUUAUCGCUUCUCUUUUC